UAGGCAACCAAACGAAUCGCGGUUCGGAUCCAACUCGGGUCUCUACUCUUAAGUGUUUGCAGCAAGUUGCAAACGAACCGGGCUGGAAGAACCUCAGUAAAACCCUAACUCCGUCUUCUUCUCCACGCUGAUACACACAGACAAAACCCCAGCUCUUCUUCUCUGUUUUUCUCUUGCUCUGCGAAAACCAUGGCCAAGACAUCAAAGUCCUCCGAAGCCGGCGACAAGAACAGGAACAAGAACAAGAAGAAUAAGAAUGUCGGUCCGAACGCCAAAGCCAUGAAACAGCAAGCCCCUAAACCAAAUCCUUUCGAGAACAUUUGGUCGCGUAGAAAAUUCGAUAUUCUCGGAAAGAAACGCAAAGGCGAAGAGCGACGCUUGGGCGUAGCUCGCUCUCGUGCCAUUGACAAGAGGAAGAAGACGCUGCUUAAGGAAUACGAGCAGAGCGGGAAGGCUUCUGUGUUCGUGGAUAAACGUAUAGGAGAGCAAAACGAUGGCCUCGGCGAGUUCGAUAAAGCCAUUCUUCGUUCCCAACGUCAACAUCGGGUGAAACUAAGCAAGAAGAGCAAGUAUAAUUUAUCGGAUGGAGAAGAAGAUGAUGAUUAUGAAUUCGAAGGUUUCGGUGCAUUGUCAGAGAGAGAUGAUUUCGAAGAUGAAAUGCCGCCUGAUGAAGAUGAUGAUGGUUUUGAAGCGAAAAAGACAGCCACAUUACAGCAGAAAUUUCUGGACAGGGGUGAAAGUGAAAUAGAGGAAAAUAAGCACAAAACAAAGAAGGAAGUGAUGGAGGAGAUAAUAUCAAAAAGCAAGUAUUUCAAGGCUCAAAAAGCCAAAGAUAAGGAAGAAAACGAACAGUUGAUGGAGGAGUUGGACAAUAAUUUUUCAUCCUUAGUGCAGUCCAAGGCAGUGAUAUCUUUGACCGAACCAGGGAAGAUGAAUGCUUUAAAGGCUCUUCUGAACAAGAACAUUCCAAAAGAGAAUAUUAAGAAGGAUGAGUUUUCUGAUGUUCAAAAUUUACAAACUUCAAAUCAGGAUAAACCUGAUUCAUAUGACAAACUGGUUAAAGCGAUGUCACUGGAAAUGCGUGCUCGUCCUUCAGAUAGGACAAAGACACCUGAAGAGAUAGCCCAAGAGGAGAGAGAACGACUGGAGCAUUUGGAGGAAGAGAGACAGAAGAGGAUGCUUGCCACAGAUGACCUCAGUGAUGAAGAGAACGAGGAUACUGAGAGAUCAUCUUCCCAGAGGCCAAGAUCAAUAUCUGGUGAUGAUCUUGGCGAUUCCUUUAUGCUUGAUGAAGAGCCCAGGACUAAAAGGGGUUGGGUUGAUGAGAUCCUUGAAAGAAGAGAUGCAGAGGACAAUGAGAGUGGAGAGGAUGAUUUUUCCGAGGAUGAAAGUGCUGAAGAUGGAAGUGAUGAAGAAGAAUCUGAUGAAGAUAGCGAUGAGAAGGAUCUAUCUGUGAAGGACUGGGAACAGAGUGAUGAUGACAACGUUGAAACAGAUUUGGGUGCAGAAGAAGAAGAUAUUGAGGAGAAUGAUGAUGCUGAUGAGAACAAGAUGGGGCAAAGAGAGCCAAAAAAGUCUCAGAAUAUUGAUGCUGUUGAAAGUAGUAAAAGUCUUAAAAAUUCUUCUGGUUCCAAGAAAAUAAAUGCAGAUGGAAAACUGACUUCAGCUAGAUUAGAGCUCCCCUACCUUAUUGAAGCUCCAAAAAACUUGGAAGAGUUGUGUGUAUUGUUGGAUAAUUGUUCUAAUACGGACAUUGUCUUGAUAAUCAAUCGAAUCAGGGCAAGCAAUGCAAUCAAGCUUGCAGCAGAAAAUAGGAAGAAAAUGCAAGUAUUUUAUGGAGUCCUUCUGCAGUACUUUGCUGUCUUAGCAAAUAAAAAGCCAUUGAACAUUGGGUUAUUAGAUUUGCUGGUGAAGCCAUUGAUGGAAAUGAGCACUGAGAUUCCUUACUUUGCUGCAAUUUGUGCUCGUCAGAGAAUAUUACGAACUCGAACACAGUUGUGUGAGAUCAUCAAGAAUCCAGAAACUAGUUGCUGGCCUUCUGCGAAGACAUUAUUUCUCUUGAGGCUUUGGUCCCUUAUAUUUCCAUGCUCUGAUUUUCGUCAUGCAGUCAUGACUCCGGCAAUACUGUUGAUGUGUGAAUAUCUGAUGCGUUGUCCCAUUGUGUCGGGUCGUGAUAUCGCCGUUGGCUCUUUCUUAUGCGCAAUGAUUCUCUCUGUUGCUAAACAAUCUCAGAAAUUCUGUCCUGAAGCAAUUAUUUUUCUCCGAAUGAUGCUGAUGGCCGCUAAAGAAGGAAAUAAUAUAUCAAAUCAUGAUUCUCAGUUUUAUCAUCUUAUGGAACUGAAGGUACUAAGACCCCUGCUAUGUAUACGUGAAUGUGUGAAUGAAAUUGCUCCGUUGAAUUUCCUGAAGAUAAUGGACCUGCCAGAGGAUUCAUCAUUUUUCUGCUCUGACAAUUUCAGGGCUAGUAUAUUGAUGACUUUGGUUGAAACUCUGAAGGGAUAUGCGGAUGUUUAUGGACGAUUGAGUUCAUUUCCUGAAAUAUUCUUACCAAUUUCAACAUUGUUACUUGAAGUUGCAGAACAAGAAAACUUUCCAGGUGCCUUACAAGAAAAAUUUAAAGAUGUAGCUCAGCUCAUUGAGACAAAAAUAGAUAAUCAUCACACGUUGCGACAACCUCUUCAAAUGCGGAAACAAAAACCAGUACCCAUCAAAAUGCUUACUCCAAAGUUUGAGGAGAACUUUGUUAAGGGUAGAGACUAUGAUCCAGAUCGUGAACGAGCAGAGAUGAGAAAGUUGAAGAAACGUUUGAAAGAAGAAAGAAAAGGGGCUGUUCGUGAGUUGCGUAAAGAUAAUCAUUUCUUGUAUGAGGUGAAGGCAAUGGACAAAGCGCAGAUGGAAGCAGAACGAGCAGAGAAUUUUGGAAAAGUGACACAGUUCCUCCAAGAACAAGAACAUGCAUUCAGGUCUGGGCAAUUAGGAAAAGGCAGGAAAAGAAGAAGGUAAAACUGACUUUUGUUCUGUCACUUGCAUGUUCUCUUUGAGCACUAUCCAGCCAGAAUCAGGUAAUGCUAGUGUAGUCUGCCAUUUUUAUGUUACUUUGCUAAUUUGAGCAGUUCUUAAUCGGGCUCAUUUUCCGUCUCGCAAAUGACUAGCUGUUGAUUCUGUGUUGUACCUACCAUUCAUAACUGCAGAGGAGAUCGUUCAUAGAAAGACAACAAUGUAAGAGUCAUAGAGUUGAAACCCUAUUCCUCAAAUGGAAAUUUUGCGUGAUUUUCAUAUAUACUUUGUAUAUUUUAUAUGGUACAUAUAUUAUCCAGCUCGGAUGGAAAAAGAGCUGAUGUUUGUUGCAUUAUCUCCCAUUUUGCUGUUAAUUACAGUAGUAUUAAUUUCAUCUAUUUUUCUCCCAA